UGACUGCCACGGCCGGGCUUUCGCUGGGGAUUGCUCUCCGCACCCCUCGGCGGCUACCUGGCCUCGCGCCCCCGCGUCCUGGCCGCCGGCCCCGCCUCCUGGGGCCGGGAGAUGGGCGGGGAAGGGAACGAGCCGGUAAAAGGGAGGCCGGCUCCGAGCCGGCGGCCACUGCCCGCGCGGUCGUGUGCCCUCUGCUCCGCACCGCGGAAGACGCUGCGCGGGGCAUCGGGGCGCGGGGCGGCGCAGACCUGAGAGGUUUGGAAAAACCUUUUGAUUCAGAAUUCACCAAGAGUUAUUCCAAAACAGAAUGACAGAACAUAAGAAGUGCAGUAGAGAAUGGCCUGAAAGUAGGAAGUGAGAAGAGAGUUACAGAUUGGCUGCAUUGAGGAAUGAAGACCGGUGUGUAUCCACCAAUCUGAUUGACUUGCUCAGGGAGGCGAAAGUAUCUGUCUUCAGAAAUGUCUUCGGAAAAUACAGAGCAACAUGACCUUUCCGCCACGGACCCAUUUGAAGGAAAAGACCAAUACAGUCCUCCAUCUUUGAUCCAUAUGGAGCUUGAAAAGGAAUCAAGUACUGACUUCCAGAAACUUGAAGCCACAAAUCAAUGCAGACAUUAUCCUAGGAUCCACAUGGAGCCUAAAGAGAAAUCAAAUACUAACUUUAAGAAAUUCAUCAACAAAAAACUACAGAAGAGUUGCCAGUGCAGCCCAACCAAAGCAAAACAGAUGAUUUUUGGUUUCCUUCCCUUUUUGCAGUGGCUCCCAAAAUAUGACCUGAAGAAAAAUAUUUUAGGAGAUGUGAUGUCCGGCUUGAUUGUGGGCAUCUUGUUGGUGCCCCAAUCCAUUGCUUAUUCCCUGUUAGCAGGCCAAGAACCAAUCUAUGGUCUGUACACAUCAUUUUUUGCAAGCAUCAUUUAUUUCAUAUUUGGGACUUCCCGUCACAUCUCUGUGGGCAUUUUUGGAAUACUGUGCCUUAUGAUUGGUGAGGUAGUUGACCGAGAACUAAUCAAAGCUGGCUUUGACACUGCCCAUGUUGCCCUGUCGUUAGGAAUGGCUUCGAAUGGGAGCACAUCAUUAAACCAGACAUCAGACAGGAUAUGUGACAGAAGUUGUUAUGCAAUUACAGUGGGCAGCACCGUAACCUUUAUGGCUGGAGUUUAUCAGGUAGCGAUGGGCUUCUUUCAAGUGGGCUUUGUUUCCGUCUACCUCUCAGAUGCCUUGCUGAGUGGAUUUGUCACUGGUGCCUCCUUCACUAUUCUUACAUCUCAGGCCAAGUAUCUCCUUGGGCUCAGCCUUCCUCGGAGUAGUGGCGUGGGCUCACUCAUCACUACUUGGAUACAUAUCUUCAGAAACAUCCAUAAGACCAAUCUCUGUGAUCUCAUCACCAGCCUUUUGUGCCUUUUGGUUCUUUUGCCAACCAAAGAACUCAAUGAGCACUUCAAAUCCAAGCUUAAGGCACCAAUUCCUACUGAACUCAUUGUCGUUGUGGCAGCGACAUUAGCCUCUCAUUUUGGAAAACUGAAUGAGAAAUACAAUACCAGCAUUGCUGGACAUAUUCCCACUGGGUUUAUGCCACCCAAAGCACCAGACUGGAACUUAAUUCCUAGUGUAGCUAUAGAUGCAAUAGCUAUGUCUAUCAUUGGCUUUGCUAUCACUGUAUCACUUUCUGAGAUGUUUGCCAAGAAACAUGGUUACCCAGUCAGAGCUAACCAGGAAAUGUAUGCCAUUGGCUUUUGCAAUAUCAUCCCCUCCUUCUUCCACUGUUUCACUACUAGUGCAGCUCUUGCAAAAACAUUGGUUAAAGAAUCAACAGGCUGUCAAACUCAGCUUUCUGGUGUAGUGACAGCUCUGGUUCUUUUGUUGGUCCUCCUGGUAAUAGCUCCUUUAUUCUAUUCCCUUCAGAAAAGUGUCCUUGGUGUGAUCACUAUUGUAAAUCUCCGGGGAGCUUUAUGUAAAUUUAAGGAUCUGCCCAAGAUGUGGAGGGUUAGCAGAAUGGAUACAGUUAUCUGGUUUGUAACUAUGCUCUCCUCUGCACUGAUAAGUACUGAAAUGGGCCUGCUUAUAGGUGUUUGUUUUUCUAUGUUUUGUGUCAUCCUCCGUACUCAGAAGCCGGAGAGUUCAUUGCUUGGCUUAGUGGAAGAAGCGGGAAUUUUUGAAUCCACAUCUGCUUACAAAAACCUUCAGGCUAAGCCAGGCAUCAAGAUUUUCCGCUUUGUAGCCCCUCUCUACUACAUAAACAAAGAAUGUUUUAAAUCUGCUUUAUACAAAAAAACCCUCAACCCAAUCUUAGUGAAGGCAGCUCAGAAGAAGGCAGCAAAGAGAAAGAUAAAAAAGGAAACAGUGACUCUCAGUGGAAUUCAGGAUGAAGUUUCAGUGCAACUUUCCCAUGAUCCCUUGGGACUCCAUACCAUAGUGAUUGACUGCAGUGCAAUCCAAUUUUUAGAUACAGCAGGGAUCCAUACACUGAAAGAAGUUCGCAGAGAUUAUGAAGCCAUUGGCAUACAAGUUCUACUGGCUCAAUGCAAUCCCUCUGUGAAGGAUUCCCUGGCCCGGGGCGAGUAUUGCAAAAAGGAAGAUGAAAGCCUCUUUUAUAGUGUAUAUGAAGCGAUAGCUUUUGCAGAAGAAUGUCAAAAUCAGAAAGGAAUAUGUUUUCCCAAUGGUCUGAGUCUUUCCAGUGACCAAUUGGAUAAGUAGAUGAAAAGAAGAACAAUGUCUAGCCAGUAGCAACUUGCAUACUUGAAAUUUUUGUGAUCCUUAUUAAUGUUUUUAAUGAAUUUGGUAGUGCUAUAGAUGAGCUAUAGUUCUUUUUGGAAUCAAUGCAGGUAAUUCCUUAGUUUUCAGUAAUUUAGUGUAUUUUCCAUGGAAUCUGUCCUAAACUGCUAUGUCUGAUUACCAAUGACAAGCUUGCUAGAUAAAAGACAGAAUGCUGACUCUGCAAUUCUAUACAGUAUUUUAAAUGAGCUUGAGGCAAACUGUUAAGGACAGAUUACAAAUAGGAAUGAUUGGCAGUUGCCCUUAAGAAUUUGUUACUUAGUGAUUUCUUUCCUUCCCAUGGCAUUUUAGCAAGGGUCAAUUGGGGAUUGGUAGUCUUCCUGAAAUAGAAAUGCAUGGCAGUAAGCAUUAGCUUUGUUUUCACUAAAACAUGUACAGAUUAAUUAUUGAUGUUCCUUUGGAAGCUUUUAUGCAUUCUUUUCUGUUGGUUAAUCAUUUGUUUUUAAUACUUCUUGCCUUCCUCCCUCAAGCUAAGUUUGAAUCCAGACCAUUAUAGAUGUCUACUGCUGCCUGACAGAGUAGAGUACAUGUUUAAGACAACUCUAUAAUUUAGCAAACAUUAGCACAGUAAAAAAGAAAAAAAAAGUAUAAAAAAGUUGAAAAGCUCCUUAGCAGAAUGGAGUGACAGAAUUUGACCUUUAUCUAACCUUUCUCUUCAUUUGUGGAUAUGAACAAUUCUGGAGCUUUAUGCAUUUAGCAAAGUCUUUAAUUGUGCUUUAAUUAGUAUCUCUCCCACUCAAGCAAAAAAGAUUCUGCUUUUGGUAACUAGUUGUAAAAACAUUUAAGAUUUCCUAAGAAUUUAUAUCUUACACUUUCUGCUUGGGUUGAGUUUGGCCUAUAUGUACAUGUCUUAAAAUUUUUUUCCUGGUGGUUUGAAGAAAUCAAAUGUGAAACCAAAGCUUAAUUCACUAGGAUUUCAUUUCCUUUGCUUUCUUGCUCAAAGUCUUUCACUUUUAGUUCACUAUGUAUUGUUUUACAAGUUUUAUUGAUACAAAAAUAUCUUGCUUACUCUAAUUUUCAUGUCUAAAUGAAAAUUUCUCAUUGCUUAUUGACAAAUGUACAAAAUUCUGAAUAUCUUAAAAUGGUCAUUUAAUUGAAAUGUAUUGUGUACACACUUAAUCGUUAAAACUUUACAACCUUCUAUUUUUUUAAUUUGCUAUAAUAAGAGGAGUGGAGGGUACUCAUGCACAGAGAGACUGAGGAUUGACAUUCAGAGGAAGGGUGAAAGGAAUAGAUCAUUGAAAAGACCAUCUCUGACUAAACAAGGGAGAAAACAGAGGCAUUCAGUUGAAUAGGAUCCAAUCCCUGGUUAACCCUGCAUAACUGUAGGGAGGUCAGGAUUAGAAGCCACACCUUAGUUUGAGAGCAAGGUCAAAACUGGGUUCUGCUUCCAGGAGAGGGGCACAGAUUCACCAAAUUUGAGAGAGUUGAGGAGCAUGCAGUAGCCGGCGUUGGGACAAAGGCCCAGGUUGACCUACUGUGGAGCACUAGUGACGAUAGUACUGUCUGUGCCUCUGAUGGGAGUAAAAUGGACAGAUGUCUAGUUGGCAAUUACUUGAAAAAAAUUUUCCAUUGAGACCAAAGGAAAACAAGAUUUGGGUAGACUGACUUAGCUUUUAAACAAUAGUAGACAUUGAAGCCAGAUUUGUCGCUAAAUUUACAGUAUGGUAAAUGUUCUUUAAAUGUAUAUUGUGUUCUCUUAGUAAUUUGUCUGGGUGUUAGCUCUGAUCUUAAAAAAGGGCUGCAGUGUAUUUCUUCAGAACUUAAAAUUGAGUCUAGGUAGGAGUUAUAAUGAUAAAUUCAAGGUCUUGAGCCUUAUUAAAGUUUUUAAUGAAUUGUUUUCCUCUAUGUAGUGGAAUAGAUGAACUGUAUGUUUUUGCAUCAAUAUAGAUAAUUCCUCAAACACUUCCUGAAGACCUAUGCAGAACUCUAGGGUUCCGGGACUCUGAUACCAAAUCCAGUAGGUGAACCAUGUGGUAACUCAGUGACACACAUUGGCACUUGGAGGUGCUUUAUGGAGGAGCUGGACUGAGCCUGGACAGAGGUCUUAGCAGGAGGUAGGCAAUCGAGGCAAAGAAGGAGGCAGGGAUGCCUCCAUCUGUUCAGGGAACAAUUCCACAGGGACAUCAUUCCAUAGGAUUUAGACUUUGCUUAAUUUUUUCUGUUCUUUAAUGUUUCUCCCCGCACCCUGCAAUGUUUCUUUAUCUGUUAUAGUGAUGCCUUAUUUGAAAUGGCUUAAAAACUGCAAAAGGAGGAAAUUGGAUCUAGAAAACUUUUAUGCUCUGAAGUAAUUUGGCUUUUUUUUUUAAAAGUAAAGAUUUUUUGUGUGUUUGUUUCAGAUUAAGUUUAUUUAGAAAGUUACAUGGGUAGUAGAAGUGAAUCAGCGGGGCUGCCUGAGCUCAGGAAACAUGUUGCAGAAGCAAAAGAAGGGCCCUUGGAGCUGAGGAGGAAGAAAGGCAAAGCCUGGUGGGGAGAGUGAGGAAGGAAAAGGUUCAGGCAUGCUCCCAAGAGGAGAACGCUGGUAGAAAGAUUUUAGAUAAUCAUAAAUGGAAUCAUUAAUUAGAGUGCUAAUAACAAGAAUGAAAAUUAUAAUGGAACAGGCCAAAAUAAUAUACCAGCUGGUUUGUUAUCAACCUAUUAUUAAAGUAAAAUUCCAUUGAAAUACUGUAACUUCAACGUACAUUUUAGUUUUUUAAAAAAAAUUUAUUAGUAACUAGGAAUGGAGAAUUUGGAUGUGGGAGUGGGGGAGAUUUAUUUUUAUAAGAUAAUUUUUAUCCUGACAAGGAUUAUUUUUUUAAAAGUUUUUUGCACUUUAAAUUUUGAUGUAAGCAUGUUAAAUAAGCAUUUUAUUAGAUUGUAGGGGGUUUGGUAUGUAUUUUCCUUUCCUCUUAGUGAAGUAAAAUAGGAAGAUAUAUUGAAUUAUGAAAACGACACUAAAUGCCUUUACUGGAGAUACAUUGUUUGUAAGUCUACACUGGAACCAGGCAUAUAACUUUGCUUGGACUUGAUUUAUGACUCUGAAAAAUGACAAAUAAUCACAAUCUUAUUAUAAAAUACCAGUGACUAAAUUUCUAACUGAAGGUUUUUAAAUUGGCAAAUAGACAAGCAGCCUAAGCCAGAAAAUAUUUUUAAUUGCAGAUUUAAUAAACUUACUUUAAGAAGUUCUCUUCCCCUGCCACAGUCUCCAUUCCUAAAAUAAUAAGAUAAUACUUGGAGCGAAACAGCUGUUGUCUUUUAAUUCAAAUCAGUUGGGAAAUUACUGUUUGAAUUCUGAUGCUGCCAUGAUGUCUCAAAAAUUAGUGUGAACAAAUCAAUCUUUAAUUAAAAUGCUACCUUUUGUCUCCUUGCAAUUUUAUAUACAAAUUAAGACAAUAUCAGGGUGAUAUAUAAAUUAACCAAAUUCUGAGUCUUGUCACUUCACUAAAAGAGUAUACUGCCUUUUUUUUUUUUCAAUUAUUCAAGGGCAGUGACUUUUAGGAAUGUUUUAUACCACAUAUAUCUUUUUUAAUUAAAGCAAGUGCCUUGAUGCUAUUCCACAUAAAUCAUACUUAACCCUCUAUGGCAGUGGGGGGAAUGUCUGGCCCAAGGGCCAUAUAAGGCCUGCGAAAUCAUUAGGUCUGGCCCUGCCAAAACAUUAGGGGUGAAUUAAUUAAAUGUUUGACGAAAUAUGGCAGGCUAAUUUUUAAGUUGGUAAUUUUGUAGGGCCUGCAAAUGGUGUUAUAAAUAUCCAAAUGGCCGUUGGCAGAAUAAAGGUUCCCCACCUCUGUUCUAUGGAAUAAGUUAUUGAUGAUUGCAGCCUAUUGUAGGAGAGGGGGAGUUGAUUAAUAGCAGAUCCUUUUUCUCUGGAAGGAUAUGUUCAUGAUGUUUACUACAUAAGAUCCUAUAUGUGUUAUUUCAUUUGCUAAUAAAUUGUUAUGCUAAU